AUGGAUGACGAUCUUACAUUUGGCGCGUCUGUGUGGGCUAUGCCCGGUGAAGGAGCACUCGCCUCUUCUCCGGUACAGGUUGACAACCCCACACUUCUCCCCAUAUCUCUCCCCCUAGAUCAAGACACUACCUUCGAUGACUUUGACGAUUUUGGACCACCAGCCAAUACCAUGGGUGCUGUAGGUGAUACUGAUGAGUUUGGGGAUUUUGGAGACUUUGGAGAAACGGAGGAAACCGGGGAAGAGUUUACAGGCUUCGACGAGCAGGCACCCGUGGCAGGCCCGUCUACGAGAGAAUGGGAACCUCUUCGACUCAAUCCGCUACCUUCUAGGAAGGAGCUGGAGGAGCAGAUAGAAGAGAUUUUAGAUCCAUUAUGGUCAACAGAUGACCUUUCACAAGCCUUUACAGAUGAAGAUAUCAGAGAAGUCGGGGGACUAAGCCAAAUCUUGAUCACACCGGAGAGCCGUGCACUAUACCAAACAUUGUUUCCUUCCACACCUCCUUCUGCUCCACCACCUAACUGGACGCGCUCACGAAUACGACGGCAACAUCUCAUAACACUCGGAAUUCCUGUCAAUAUUGACGAGUUCCUUCCGCGCGUUAGCGGCAAGCAAAUGCCUGCGCUACAAAUCUCCACUCGACCGAUGUCGGCACCUCCUGGUCCUCGGCAUCUGCCUCUAAACAAUGGCGCAGCGUCGACGAACAACUCUAGGAAUAACUCCAGAGCUGUCACUCCGGUGUCGACAACGCCAUCUCGAACCGGGCCCACCGUUGCAUCUCAGUUGGGACUGGGUCCGAAGCCACAGCUGGACGAAAAGAAAAUCACAGAGCUCUUAGAGCUCACGCCAGAUGACUUGUCUUUGCUGCCUCUCCCUGCAUUAGAAAGGCAUUUGGCCAGCCUACAGGCCCAGACGGCAAACACUUCCGCGCUCCUCACGCAUUCGUUGCAAACGCGAGAGGCGCUCCAGCAGGACUCCGAGACAUAUAAUAAGCUAAUUGGGGAACUCGUUGGCGAAGCACAGAAGAUGAAGACAGGGAUCGGUAAGGGGCGGACAGCGAUCAGACGAGGAAGUGGGAUGGUUUGA